UACAUUCAUGCAGGUCGUCAUUUCCGAGUGAUGGCUGAGAAAAGCGGUAUCAACGCUCAUUUAGUGGUGACAGCGUUGUUGGCCUCCAUUUGCGGUUUCGUAUCCAGCUAUGAGACCAUUGUAUUCGCCGCCUGCCUCCUCUACAUCAGGGAGGAGCUCUGCUUGUCGACGAAAUGGAUUCAAAUUGUGGCCAGUAUCAUGUAUGUCACCGGCAUCCUUGGCAACCUGGCGGCGGGUCAGGUGGCAGAUUUGCUGGGUCGCAAAUUCGUGAUCAUGUCAUCGAGUGUUUCCCAUAUCAUUGGAGCCUUGGUGGUGGCCUCGUCAUACACUCGGACACAAGUUGUGGUGGGAAGGCUCUUCAUUGGACUGAGUAUAGGACUGUCUACCAUGUGUGUGCCAAUAUAUCUGAGUGAAAUAUCGGUGACGGCUGUGAGAGGAUCCAUCACCUUGUUCUACUACUUCUUCUAUGGCGUCGGCUUUGCAGUAGGACCACUGGUAGGUGGCGGCUUCGCUACCGUCACCAAGGGCUGGAGGUACAUGGCAGCGAUUGGGAGCUUCAUGUCCUUGGUGCAGUUCAUCUUCUUCUUCUUUGUUCCUGAAAGUCCCCGGUGGCUGAUCUCCAAGGGCAGAAUGGAGGAAGGCAAAAAGGCGCUACUUUCCCUUCGGUCGGAGGAUUAUCCCUCAUCAACUGAACUGGAUGCCAUUAAGGCUGACGUCAACGCCAACGCCGGAAAGGGAGGCUUGGUGCAAAUCUUCAAGUUGCCCUCUGUACGUCGUGCGCUGCUAGUGGGCGCCCUUCUCCAUAUGUCUCAAGCAUUAACAGCUUUCUUCACUAUAAUAGUGUACAGUGCUACCCUCGUUACAAUGACCGGGAUAGCAGACCGAACGAAUGCCAUGUGGAUAAUGUCAGGCAUGGUUAGUGCAACCUUGGCCGGACUGGCAGUGGGUCUUGUGCUGGUGGAGCGAGUGGGUCGUCGCCUUCUUGUGUUGACUUCUCUAUUGGGCAUCACCAUAUCUUUCCUGUUCGUGGCCGUCGUCUUCACCCUGACACACGUGCACAGCCCUGCCGUCGUCCUCCCCCCUGUAGAUCCGGAGUGUGAUGCCCAAACGUGCGCCGAAUGCACAUUCAGUGGGAAAUGCGGCUUCUGUUUCAGCGGGGGACUGGGUAAUCAUGAAGACGCCGCGUGUGUACUGGCCAACUCUGCUGACUACUAUAACACCGCCUUGUCUGGGCCCUGCUCCAACGUUACGCUGCUGGACGAUGACGUGUACACCUUUGCAUACAAGUGGUGCCCUCACCCUGAUGCAUGGCUCAUCAUCUUCGGUCUCUCUAUCUUCUUCUUCUUCUAUUUUAUAGGGAUUGGACCUUUGCCAUGGACCAUCAAUGGUGAAAUUUUCCCCGGGUGGGCUCGCGCCCUGUGUGUCAGUCUCACUAAUACUGUCAACUGGACGUUCUGCCUCGCCCUCAGCUUCAUCUUCCUCACCCUAAUUGAACGAAUCUUCAAACACGGAUUAUUUUACAUCCUGACUGGAAUUAACUCCAUGUUCCUCGUGAUGUUUUUCUUUAUCCUGCCGGAGACUAAGGGAAUCAACCUGGAGGACAUGAAGACACUAUUCAGCAUGCCUCUUGGAACAGUCAGACUGAAGAAGACUAGAGUCACACCUACGUAAGUGACCUCGCCAUCGAAUCGUGUAGGAUUUACGUUUAUUACUUAAUACUGUAGUGAUCCGUAAUUUUUUGAGUACAUGCUGCACUUCCAUUAUACGAGUACUAGGUGUUUGAUCAAUUGUCAUGUUUUGCUGUUAGAUUGUCAGUUAGAUUACCAGACGACUUGACUUUGAAAGAAAAGAAAAGAAACAAUGGAAGUGAAUGCAGAAGAUAAUUCGACUAGUGGCUACAUACAGUAUGUGCGCUGCUGAGAUAAAGCAGGAAACGUUUUGGUCGCAGGAAAAGGACACAUGUUAACAGCUCUUGUUGUGAAUGAUUUGAAGAUAUAUAAUGAAGUAUUCAGUUGACAAAAUGAACUAUGAAUACGAUACCAAAAGAUGAAACAGAUGGACCCUUGAAUUAGAAUGCACUAGUUAAGAUGAACGGAAAAAUGCGGGAAAAUUAAAAGCCUAAGAAAAAAAAAAAAAAAACAACGGAUGCUACAAGAAUUCGCCAGGCCUACACAUGGUGGUGUCUAUACGAAACAUACCCACUCAUUUCCAUCUCAUCCUCGUCCAUCAAUUCCAGCCAAUGGUUGACACACUGGGCGGCACUCCACUGGUGAAGCACGGAAGGGGCUCUCACUGAUGGCUCUUCGCUUCGUUAUUCAUUAUACUGUAUUUGCUUUAGUGUGAUCAUGAACUUUUUGUUGUGUUCUUUAUAUAUCUUAUUUAUUUUAUCUUUAUUAUUGUUAUUGUUAUCAUUAUUAUUAUUAUUAUUAUCAUUAUUAUUAUUAUUGUUAUUAUUAUUAUUA